UGGGUGACAGAUCAAACCCACCGGAGUCCAGCUGUGUGUCCAUGAAGAGUGACGCGUCUAUGAUGGAGCCAAAACACACAUCAACUGAUCUGAGUCAAUGUGAGGAUGACAGAUCAAACCCACCGGAGUCCAGCUGUGUGUCCAUGAAGAGUGAUGCGUCUAUGAUGGAGCCAAAACACACAUCAACUGAUCUGAGUCAAAACCAGAGGGAGAAAUCAGUCUCACCGGAGCCCAGCUGUGUGUCCAUGAAGAGUGACGACGCGUCUAUCACAGAGCCAAUAGCAUUUAAUGGAGAACGCACAUCAACUGAUCUGAGUCGUGAUUCUCAACUGGUCCAAAGCACAUUUAAAUCAAACCUGCUGAAGAAGUUUCAGUGUGUGUAUGAAGGAACAGCAAAGCAGGGAAACCCAACACUCCUGAAUGAGAUCUACACAGAGCUCUACAUCACAGAGAGUGAAAGUGGAGAGAUCAAUAAUGAGCAUGAGGUGAGACAGAUUGAGACACAAUCCAGGAGAGCAGCAACAGAGGACACACCGAUCAAAUGCAGUGACAUCUUUAGACCUUUACCUGGACAAGACAAACCCAUCAGAACUGUGCUGACAAAGGGAGUCGCUGGCAUUGGGAAAACAGUCUCUGUGCAGAAGUUCAUUGUGGACUGGGCUGAAGAGAAAGAGAAUCAGGACGUCCAGCUCAUAUUUCCACUUCCUUUCAGAGAGAUCAACUUGAUGAAGGACAAAACACUCAGUCUUUCAGAUCUUCUUCAUUUCUUUUUCCCGGAAGCUAAAGAAAUGGAAAUAUCCAGUGAUAAAUAUAAAGUGUUGUUCAUCUUUGAUGGUCUGGAUGAGUCUCGUCUGUCUCUGAACUUUAAGAGCAAAGUGAAACUGUGUAAUAUAUCUGAAUCAGCCUCAGUGGACGAGCUGCUGAUGAACCUCAUUGUGGGGAAUCUGCUUCCCUCGUCUCUCAUCUGGAUCACCUCCAGACCAGCAGCAGCGGAUCUCGUCCCCUCUGAGUGUGUUCAUCGAGUGACAGAGGUACGAGGCUUCAAUGAGCCACAGAAGGAGGAAUACUUCAGGAAGAGAAUCAGUGAUCAGAGUCUGGCCAAUACAAUCAUCACACACCUGAAGUCCUCAAGGAGCCUCCACAUCAUGUGCCACAUCCCAGUGUUCUGCUGGAUCUCAGCCGCUGUUCUAGAAGAGAUGUUGAGUGAAACUGAGAGAGGAGAGAUUCCCAAGACUCUCACUCAAAUGUACACACACUUCCUGAUCAUUCAGACCAACAUCAAACAUGAGAAGGACUAUGAGAAGAGAGUGAAAGAUGAAGACAUGGUUCUCAAACUGGGGAAACUGGCUUUCCAGCAGCUUGUGAAAGGAAACCUGAUCUUCUAUGAGGAAGACCUGAGAGAGUGUGGCAUUGAUGUGACAGAAGCAUCAGUGUACUCAGGACUGUGCACUCAGAUCUUCAGAGAGGAGUUGGGCUUGUGUCAGGGGAAAGUCUUCUGCUUUGUUCAUCUGAGUAUCCAGGAACAUCUAUCAGCUGUUUUUGUGCACUGCUCCUUAACAAACAACUGCAUAAAUAUCAUGAAAGACCUUUCUUGGGUGUCAUUUAAUCCAUUACCAGGUCUGCAUCAGAGAGCUGUGGAUGAGGCUUUACAGAGUAAGAAUGGACAUCUAGACCUCUUCCUGCGUUUCCUUCUGGGUCUCUCAUUGGAGUCCAAUCAGACUCUCUUACGAAAACUACUGACACAGACUGGAAGCUGCUCCUACAACAAAGAGGAAACAGUUCAGCUCAUCAAACAGAAGAUCAGGGAGAAUCGCUCUCCAGAGAGAUCCAUCAAUCUGUUCCACUGUCUGAAUGAACUGGGUGAGGAUUCACUGAAGCAGGAGAUCCAAGAUUAUCUGAAAUCUGGAAAAAUAGGAAAAACCAAACUCUCCUCUUCACAGUGGUCAGCUCUGGUAUAUGUGUUGCUGACAUCAGAGCAGAAGAUGGAUGUUUUUAAUCUAAAACACUUUAUUGGAGCACAAAAUACAGCAGAUGAAGUUCUUCAGAAGCUGCUACCAGUGGUUAAAGAAUCCAGAUCAGUUCAGUUGAGGGAUUGUGGUGUUACAGAUGAAGGUUGUGCUGCUCUGACUUCAGCUCUGAGAUCAAACCCCUCACACCUGAGAGAACUGAAUCUGUCAUUGAAUAAAGUAGGAGAUUCUGUAGUCAAGCAGCUUUCUGAUCUACUGAAGGAUCCUCACUGUAAACUGGAAAUACUGUGGUUGAGUUAUUGUGGUGUUACAGGUGAAGGUUGUGCUGCUCUGACUUCAGCUCUGAGAUCAAACCCCUCACACCUGAGAAAACUGAAUCUGUCAUGGAAUAAAGUAGGAGAUGUUGGAGUCAAGCAGCUUUCUGAACUACUGCAGGAUCCUCACUGUAAACUGGAGAUACUGUGGUUGAGGUAUGGUGGUGUCACAGAUGAAGGUUGUGCUGAUCUGGCUUCAGCUCUGAGAUCAAACCCCUCACACCUGAGAAAACUGGAUCUGUCUGUGAAUAAAGUAGGAGAUUCUGGAGUCAAGCAGCUUUCUGAUCUACUGAAGGAUCCUCACUGUAAACUGGAGAUACUCGGGUUGAGUAAUUGUGGUGUUACAGAUGAAGGUUGUGCUGCUCUGACUUCAGCUCUGAGAUCAAACCCCUCACACCUGAGAGAACUGGAUCUGUCUGGAAAUAAACUAGAAGCGUCAGGAGUGAAGCUGCUCUCUGAUCUGCAGGAGGAUCCACAAUAUAAACUAAAGAUGCUUGAGUGA